UUCCGGAUGAAAUGUAAAAAUCUGAUCUAACGUAAAGCAUAAUAAUAAUGUGUGGGUUAAAAAGACGGACAUUAGGAGGAUAAAUAUCUGAGUAAGGGGCGAAUUCGCGGCAAUAAAUGGUGUGAGCUGGCCGGAGCCGCUCGCGCUUGGCUGUGGACGCAGAUGUUGGGGUCCAAGCUCCUCUUUGACCUUGCACUGCGACCAUGGAGAAAGAGAAAGUUAAGCAAACCUUUGCACAGAAAUUGCUAUUUUAUAUUACAGCUUUCUUCGUGCUACUUGGAAUAUUUAGCUUGUUUUCGUUUUUAUUCCUUGUGCCUUUUGUCAUCGACCCGGCUUUUACAACGAUUUUCAUGGAGUUCGACGAGGAGCCUGCUCUUUGUGUGACCAUAAGAACUGACCGCCGUCUGGGUGCCUCAAACUGCACCUGGACGUCCUGCCGAGAAGGUUGUACGAAGGACAUCUACGAUUGCACUCAAAUCUUUGUUAAGUACAAAGUUGCGUCCAAUCGUACAAAUACUUCGGCCGAGUAUGCAAUCACAACCACCGCAGAAACGUUUCGACAACCGGGACCGUCGCUUCUAGAAGACUAUGAUUAUAAUGAAGAAUCCACUGGUCUAAUGGAACUUGAUCCAGAAUGGUACUAUAAGGAAGCAAAGUUGCUACCUAACGUGAAAGGUUGUGGUUAUCCUCCAAUGCUCAACUGUUCAGUUUUUCUAAAAACCUACAAAGAAGUUGGAACCAAUUUCUCCUGUUACUACAGCCGGGUGGAUAGGACCAUGGUAAUAAGCCACUUGGACAUGUGGCAAGUAUAUAUGAACUUAGUGUACGCGAUGGCGAUUCCUAUACCGUCGUUUAUUAUAUCCGUGGUGUAUUUAGCGAUCGCCUACUUCAAAAUAUAUAAUGAGGACGAGGAAGAAGCUCCGUUGGAGAAAAACGCGGAGGCUAUAGAUGUCGAGGGGGAAAGUGGAACGCCGAUACCUCCGGCUAGUGGAGGAAUAACACCCGCCAGUGAGGCUUUUAGGGAAGAUCUAGCAAGUUUUGGCCACCACUUUAAAGUCGCUAUGGUAGACGAGAUGAGCCGAGAUAGUCUUGUCGAUGGGGUACUUACUUCUGUUUCAAUAGGAGGAAACAUCGCUAAAACUAUGACUACCAGUAUUUCGACCACAGGAGGUCCAGUAGCUGAUAUAUAAAUUUAUACUACCGCCAUGCCACGUCUUAAUCUUUCUCAGGCUUCUGUUCCGUAUUAUUUCAUAUGCUUAGGAUAAAUUCGAAAUCACUUUACAUUUGAAUACUUUAUUCUCCUUCACCAAUAAUGUUGCUACAAAUACAAUACAAAUAUAUGAAACGCAACAAUAAAUCAACUGCUUCAUCAGUAUUCACAUAUGCAUCAUUGGGCGGUAAUGUAUAUAAGAUUCAUUAUACAUUAAAACUGGAUAUUCUAUACUGACACGCAAUUCACGAACGACUUCGAUACAUCACAAUCGAAGGAUGGAAACAAAGAACAGGCCAGAACGUCGAAUUGUAAUUAUUUUAAAUUGCGAGGUUGAACAAAAGACUGGAGUUGAAAGCUAGAGUUUCAGUACAGGGUGAGUUAUUUGACGGAUUGAAAGUGAUAUCAUAAUUAAUUUUCCAAAAGAGCACAAAUUAGUUGGAAAGCAAAUAUGGCGGUAAUUCAGUUGGUACUAAUCAGAGCACGAUUAAUGGUCGGUAUUUGAUUUCAUUUUUGUUAAAUUGAACAAGAAACAAUUACAAUGUAAUCAAAAAUUUCCAGCUGUCGUCGAAAUAAUUUUAAGUUCAUUAUUUCUGGUUUUAAUUAAGCCUUUUGUUCAACCCACAGCUAAAAGAAAUGAUUUAUUGAGACUGGAAUAAUAAACAGCAUGGACUGAGUACAACGUUCACAGAACUUAGGAGAUCGAGUAAUUUUUUUAAUAUUAAUAUUUAACAACAUUUUUUUUGCAUUUGUUUCCUGAGUUCUAUGAAGAGAUUUCUUAUUAGUCCGUUGACAGAUGAUUUAAACGCUAAGUUGUGAGAAUCUGCCUAAUUUUUUUAGUAAUUCAUGAAUGGAGAAAUAGGCAUAAUAAAAGAUCGAAAACUGUUAAAUUAAUACAUUUUUUAUUCUGUUCUCUGAAAUGCAGAAACAUUCGUACAUUCCCCCCACUGAAAGGAUUGUUCUAAAAAGCUAUUUUUAUUUUUUUCACUUAGGAGUCAGACUAGAAAUGAGUAUAGAUUUAUAUUUAUCCGGAGUAGCGGAAUAUUACUCCAUAUUUUAUGUUUCAAGUUAUUAACAUUUUUAAAAAUACUAAACUUCGGUGAGUCAACCUCUGCUAAAAUUUUGCGCAAGUUAUCUGAGUGUUUUGGUGCUGACCCGAAGAAAACUUAAUAGUGUAUGCGUACAUAAAAAGUCAAUCGCUAAAUUACUGGGCUAAUUUCGAUUUCGCGAUCUCACUCCAUUUUCUCAGCUACAGAGUAUUUUUCAUUAAUUUAUUACAAACGUUUCAGUAUAUUUUUUAAAUAUUUGAUCUAAAUUUGAUAUAUGCAUAAUUAAAUCAAUAAAUAAAAAUAACUUUUCUAAGGAAUCUUGAACUAUAAACGUCAUUGGUAAAGUAUAACCACUAGCAAAAGAUGUAAAUAGCGAAGAGAUACAGAGAUAUGUAGAUUUUACCUCUCUUUUGAAUUUAAUUUUCUCUUUUGAAUUGAAAGAGUGAACUUAUACUUAAGAAAAUAUACGAGAACGAUCUUUUAUUAUGGAAGUUGUACGACUAGUGACUGAAUAUGUCUAGUGUAUUUGUCUUUAUCCACAAAGACGAAAAAGAAAGUCAAAUAGCCCUUAGAGAUGGAAAUAAACUUUUCAAAUUUCGUUUCAUUUAACUAAAUUCAUGUUGAAACAGAAGUAGAUUUGACAUUGUACUUUUUGCAAAGAGACAAGAGAAAUAUAUAUGUUAUUUCUAUUUUGUGGAGAUGAUGGAUACAAUGCUGUAUCAGAGUGAAUUUAAUUAUUUAUUAUUGCCCAUAAAGCAUCCUAUUCAUCAUUCUAUUUAAUGUAAAUAAGUACUAACAUUUAUCUUGAGAAAUUGUUAAAGCAUUUAAGAAUGUUGUUAAAAGUUUAUAAAAAGAGGAAGAUGUUUCGUUUAUAUAAAUAAUCGUGUACAGUUUAUCGAAUUUAUAGAUAAUCUGUAAAUUGGACAUUGUUCAAUAUUUUGCCUUCUUAUUCUUGAAAAUACCUAUAAGCAUUUGUAAUAUUUUUAAUACUCAUAGAUAAACAGAUAUUAAGGUGAUAUAUUACUUAAGACCGAAGCCAGAUGAUAAUGGAUUGCAUUUUAUAACAACUCCGUUGAAAUAUACUCCCAUAGAAAAAAGUUACCGCUCCAUAUUUUGUAAUAGAAGUCGAAUAAUUGUUUAUAACACAAAACAACAAGGUUUAUUUCUGCGAAGUAGACCACCCAAGUAAUGGCAAUUUUUUACUAACUACAACUUUUACAUAACUUUGCAUUGUUGAAAAGGUUAUAUUUGCUGAAAGAUGUUUGAGAAAUCUACAGGUAUUUCAGAAUUAUUGUUGAAUUGCAUACACUAUUUCUUUUAAAUUAAGUCUAAAAUUCUUUUCAGAUAAAGUAAUAUGUGUUCUUCGAUACCAAUCUCUAUAUAAGUUAAAGCGUACCUAGACAUUUGUACCAAGAACAUAAUAUAUAACUGAUGAGAGUUUAAGAAAAAGGUUUACACUUAAUUUGAUUUAGCUUAAUUCCUUUUAAAAUAAAGGAAUGUAAAAAACCAAUAACAAAAAACGUACCUACAGUUUGAAAAAUACUGUUUGUGUUAAAUUUCCCUUCGCAAAUUGCUUGAAAACAUUUAAGAGGGUUUCGAUUACAUUUUACAUAGGCUAGCACGUCAUAAAUUCGAACUCAUAAAUCGUGUAUCAAAUAGAGUUAAUGUAAAAAAAAUAUGAUAAAGCUAGUUCAGUAUUAUAGGGGUGAGCAUUUUUAGAAUAACUAAAUUAUAUAUAAGUACAAAUGAAGCGAUAAGAAAAAAAAUGCCUUUAUUGCUAGAAAUUUCGAAUGCCAUCCACAGUAAUGGUGCUCUUAUACCAUUCCACCUUAUAAAUAUUUUGGCGUACGUAGAUUAACUGCCAAUUGUUACCAUCAUAGACAUUAAACUAGUGUUACAUCAGUAGGAUAGCUUUGUAAAAAAUUACAUUAUAUCUGGCUACGGCUUAAUAGAUUAAAAAUGUUUAUAAGUUUACAGUGCAAAUAGUAUAUUUAUACAAGGUGGAUCACUUUAGAACGAGUGGCCUUUCUACCAGAUGAAUCCGUGGUUGUGAUAAGUUACAUGAAUUCUUCACGAAACAGGAAGUAUUAACGGGCCCUUAAAAUAUGCUAUUUUUGGAUAUAUAAGUGAUAGAUACGUUUCGAGUGAACCACCUUGCAUACAGAGCCCCAUUCCUCAUGCCAAACUGCUCAAGAUACAUACUGUACAAGGCAAAAGAAAAGUUUCUCGUACUUAGCUAUAUCUUGGUGUCAGUGACUGUGGGACAACUCAAGCGAUGGAUAUACAGGGUGGUCGUUGAAUUUUUACAAUUUAUGUUUACUGUAACUUUUUAUAUUUGGCAUAGACUCUACGUCACUGAAAGUAAACAGACUCUUAAAACAUAAUUCCAAAAUUCCAGGAUCGUAUUGGAAAAAUUCGUACCCUUUUGAAACGACACAGAAAAGUUUACCCUGUAUAUAUUUCGUACUUUCAUCUAGUGCAUUGAAAGCACAUUAAUCAGCCAUUUUAUAUUUCACAUACAUUUUCCUCAAGUUCUGAAUUAGCUUCUCAAUAUUAUUUUAACAGGGGUAACAGUUAGGGCUAAUAUCUUCAAAAGUUCAAUGUUAAUAAUACCGCGACAGGAUUAAAAAAUCAGCUCUGUAUUUUAUACGAUUUGUUAAAAAAGAUAUUAGAUUUACUGAGAAAACUUAUUCAUGUGUCAUAUUGGAAAUAUCGCUCUGUAUAUUUGUCAGGAAUUUUUAACGAAAUCUACAUUACAAAUAUUGAAAAUUAUUAAGUAAAGCUAAUACAGUCCCACAAAAAAAAAUUCAGUUCAUCGGACUAGACUACUAUAUCCUUAUGUUUUCGAGGUUGCUUUGAGUCCGAAUCCGAGGUCCGUUUGACCUUGUCAGGUCAGGUUAAAGGUCAUUUAAAGUCAA